AUGGGAGCUGGAGCAAGUGCUGAGGAGAAACACUCAAGAGAGCUGGAGAAGAAGCUGAAGGAAGAUGCUGACAAGGAUGCCAGGACUGUUAAGCUGCUGCUUCUGGGUGCUGGUGAGUCAGGGAAAAGCACUAUUGUCAAACAGAUGAAAAUUAUCCACAAAGAUGGCUACUCCCUAGAAGAGUGCUUGGAGUUUAUUACAAUCAUUUACAGCAACACCUUGCAGUCUAUUAUGGCAAUAGUCAAGGCAAUGAACACACUCAACAUUAGCUAUGGAGAUUCUGCCCAGCAGGACAAUGCCAGAAAAUUAGUGCACUUAGCUGACACUAUUGAAGAGGGCACUAUGCCAAAAGAGCUGUCUGAUAUUAUCCUGCAGCUGUGGAAGGACUCCGGCAUCCAGGCAUGCUUCGAUAGAGCCUCGGAAUACCAGCUCAACGACUCUGCCGGAUAUUAUCUGAAUGAUUUGGAAAGGUUGAUCCAGCCUGGCUAUGUUCCUACUGAGCAGGAUGUUCUGCGAUCUCGAGUGAAGACGACGGGUAUUAUUGAGACCCAGUUCUCUUUUAAGGACCUUAACUUCAGGAUGUUUGAUGUGGGAGGACAGCGGUCAGAGAGAAAGAAAUGGAUCCACUGCUUUGAGGGGGUUACCUGCAUCAUCUUUAUUGCUGCUCUAAGUGCAUAUGACAUGGUGCUAGUGGAGGAUGAUGAAGUGAACCGAAUGCAUGAGAGUCUCCACCUGUUCAACAGUAUCUGUAACCAUCGCUACUUUGCCACUACCUCCAUUGUACUCUUCCUCAACAAGAAAGAUGUUUUUAUUGAGAAGAUCAAGAAGGCUCAUUUAAGCAUAUGCUUUCCUGAAUAUGACGGACCAAACACUUAUGAGGAUGCUGGUAACUACAUCAAGUUGCAGUUUCUGGACCUGAACAUACGCCGAGAUAUCAAGGAAAUCUAUUCACACAUGACCUGUGCCACUGACACUGAAAACGUCAAGUUUGUGUUUGAUGCCGUGACGGACAUUAUCAUUAAAGAAAACCUCAAGGACUGUGGUCUCUUCUAA